UACAAGAACAAGAUUGGUGGCUAUACUUUCCCUAUUUAAUAGUGUUAAAUGAUGCUUAGGAUCCAUUAUUAAUUAUUGUAUGCCAUGCCCCCCACCCCAUCAUCAUGCUUUGUUGCUGUAAAUCUGAAGUUCUAAAGAACUUGUCCCCUGCCUUAAUCUCUUGAUUUGCUGCAGAAAUGUAUUGGUUCUGUGAAUGUGGAUUUGAUGCUGCAAAUGGAGGUGCCUAGAAAGCGUCCUGCUCAGAAGAGAGCUACUGUGAAGCCAAUCAAGCCUGAAGCUGUGAUUGUAAUCAGCCCUGACACUAAAGAAGAGGUGAAGGAAAAGAACAGCCUCCGCAGAAAGGCAGCAGCUGAAGAUUCAUUCUCGAAGCAAGGUCAUUGCUUUGUAGGCCUUUGCCUGCUGAUAUAGGAAGGUGUACCUGUGUUAUUGUGAAGGAAACAUCCCCAGAUGGGUUCAAUGGAGGCACUCUCUACUCACUCUACACCUAUCCGACCUGAUCGUAUUCUGCCAAUUGCUGAAAGAUUUGGCAUGGAUGCCGGAGCUGUUCUUGACAAUAUCAUUUAUGCUCGUGCAUACACAUAUGAGCACCAAUACAACCUACUCCUUGGUCUGGCAGCAAAAAUGGCUGAAGAACCUUUCAGGCUUCUGAUUGUUGAUUCGGUAAUUGCAUUGUUUCAAAAAUGUAUUGGUUCUGUGAAUGUGGAUUUGAUGCUGCAAAUGGAGGUGCCUAGAAAGCGUCCUGCUCAGAAGAGAGCUACUGUGAAGCCAAUCAAGCCUGAAGCUGUGAUUGUAAUCAGCCCUGACACUAAAGAAGAGGUGAAGGAAAAGAACAGCCUCCGCAGAAAGGCAGCAGCUGAAGAUUCAUUCUCGAAGCAAGGUUGA